AUGGGGAUAUUUACCAAGUGUCAGAUUACACUUGAACUUGGUACAAGUAUACAGUUUAAAAAGAAACAAGAAAUAAAGAAGAAAAUUACAGAAAAUGAUGGUAUUAUCUCUUAUAUCAUCACUAAAAAGACUACCCACCUUGUCGUGAGUAACCCAGAGAAGGCUGACACAUCAUACAAAAUGAGACAAGCCAUAAAGUAUGACAUUCCUGUCGUAUCCAUGGAUUUUAUUUACCAGUGUGUGGAGAAACAAAAACUACUUGAUCCUGAUCAAUACAUCGUCUAUGGAACUUCCCGGACUGGGGAAUUCAGUUCUGGAAAAAUUGUUGACCGAUAUGAAGUUGCUAAAAGUGCAGUUUUGUGCAGUCAGAGAAAGGACCACGAAAAUGGACAGACUAAUUUCUGCGUUCUUGAAAUACACAUUGUUCCAAUUGAUGAUAUUAAUGAUGAUAAGUCAGGUGACAGUUCCUAUAAAUAUAGAGUGUUUACUCAUUCUGGAAUUUUAGAUGAAAUGAAGAAUGAAGACUGUGGUUCAAAGGAAUGCCGUUAUUUUGAAAGCAGUGAUGAAGCUUUGGAUUGCUACACACAUCUGUAUGAACAACAAGAAAGUAAACCACAUAAUUUGAGGAAAACACAGAAAAUGAUUUCCAGAAAUAUUGGGUCUCGGAAAUUUCGAAAGGUAAUGUUAGAGAUGCAGGAGGGUUGGUCGUUGUCAUCAGGUGUUAGCGCUUUAGUAGAACACGUCUGGGAAGAAGCUACAGGACAGUUAGAAGAUAUUCUCUCAGUCAGUGUGGAAAGUCUGAAAACAGAAAACGUCGAAAAAGCUGAAGCUCUUCUACUGCAGUUGAAAAGAGCUUUAGAUAAUGUUUUAAGUGAUUCUGAGAUAAUGGAGUUAUCCAAGGAGUUUUAUAGUUUCAUUCCACAUAAAGAAGACUUUAAAGUGAUUAAUUCAAAAAGUGUUAUUGCAAAGAAACAAGAACUUUGUCAGCUGAUCAGAGACAUUGUAAGUGUGAGUGAAGCCACUGAUUGGUCAACUCGUAGUGACGUUGAAGCCAAGUACAAGGCAUUACGAUGUCAUAUUGAACACCUAGAAAAUGAAGAUGAUUCUGAAUAUAAAAACAUCAAAGAUUUAGUGAUAUCUAGUCAAAUCUGUGAUACAAAGAUAAAGAUUGAGAACAUCUAUGCCGUAGUCAGAUCUAUUGAAGAAAGUUUUUUUACACAAAACACUGGUAAUGUUAGGCUGUUAUUUCAUGCCUCUAAACCUGUUAAUUUUGUGGGUAUUUUAUCAAGGGGAUUGUUGUUACCCAGAGUUGUAGUUGAUGACUUUGGAGGAACUCGUACCGAUCCUGGAAUGCUCGGUCAUGGAAUCUAUUUUGCUGAUUCAUCAAGUACAAGUGCUAAAUACAGUUUACCAAGCACUAAAAGUGGAUGUAGAUUCAUGCUUGUAAAUGAAGUAGCUCUUGGCAGAUGUAAGGAAUUUAAUCAGUAUUGUAAAAACCUGACAGCAGCUCCUGAUGGAUUUGAUAGUGUACACGGAGUGAGAGGAACAAAACAACAAUCAUCAGAUUUUAAGGAUGAUGAAUAUGUGGUAUACAACACGAAUCAACAAAGGAUCCGCUAUCUGGUUGAGUUCACUCUUCCCAGCGACACUGUGAAAUCAUUAUCUAGCAGAUCAGUUACUUUUGGAGUAACUGAUGACUCCUCAUCAGAAUCCUCAAUUGAAUUGAAUGAUGUACAUUGCAUUUCUGAUCCAAUGAGCAAAGUGAAACCAGGUUUGGUAUCAACGAGUGACAGCCCAGUACCUUUGAAAUCUGUCAAUGUUAGGGCACGAAUUAUGGACCUUGUAGCGCAGGUUAUAGUAUUACAGGCUUACACCAAUGAAAACAGUGUAGCUAUAGAGGCCAAGUAUGUGUUUCCAUUAGACACCAUGGCUGCUGUGGUAGGGUUUGAAGCAUUUAUCAAUGGUAAACAUAUCAUAGGAGAAGUCAAGGAGAAAGAGACGGCACACAGAGAAUACAAAGAAGCCAUUAGUGAAGGACAUGGGGCAUAUUUGAUGGAUGAGGAAACACCUGAUGUAUUCACAGUCAGUGUGGGUAAUCUACCACCUAAGGCUAGUGUACUUAUUAAAAUAACCUACGUCACAGAGUUGUCAGUGGAUGGCGAAAAGAUCUUGUUUUUUCUUCCUGGUAGUGUUGCACCAUGGACCAAAGACACUGCAUUGUCUCAAGAAAUACAGAAAGAUGUCAAGACUGUUAAAGUUGAUAAAGUUGGUCAUGGUAGUGUGAGUGUACAAGCUUCAAUUGAGAUGCCUUUUGAUAUCAGGAAUCUGGAAUCUCCUACACAUGAAAUCAACAUCAAGCGUACUGCAACUAAAGCUGUGGUGGAAUUAGUGAAGGAUUCUGUACUUGGUGAUAGUUUCCAGUUGCUGAUUGGUUUAGCAGAGAUACAUGUACCAAGAAUGUGGGUGGAAAAACAUCCAGAUAAACAAGAUAGUCAGGCAUGCAUGUUGACAUUCUAUCCAGAGUUUGAGGCUGAUAGUGUAGCUGACUGUGAAGUGAUAUUUCUAGUAGAUUUAUCUAACUCAAUGAAAAGUUGUAGUUUAGAAGCCCAGAAAGUCAUUAUGUUGUGUGUUCUGAAUUUACCGGACACUUAUAGAUUUAAUAUUGUGGUAUUUGGAACAGCAUAUGAUGAGUUAUUUCCAAGCAGUCGUCUUAAAAGCAAGUCAACAUUGAGAGCUGCUAAAGAUUUUGCAGCUAGAUGUUUUGCCAAUAUGGGCAAUACAGAAGCAUGGAGACCAUUACAUUCAUUCUAUUGCCUCAGACCUUCUCAAGGUGUAAGGAACGUCUUCUUGAUAUCAGAUGGACAUAUUAAUAACCAGGAAUCCACCAUUGAGGAUGUUCGAAAGAACUGUCAGCACACCAGAGUUUUCACAUUUGGUGUCAGUUGCACUGCUAAUCACCAUAUUCUGCAGUCAAUGGCUAGAGUUGGUGCUGGUGCCUAUGAGUAUUUUGACAGUAAAACCAAAUCUAAAUGGGAGAGAAAGGUCAAGUCACAGAUUUCCAAAGCUGCACAGCCAGUUCUGACCUCAGUCAAUGUGGAAUGGCAGCAGUUUGAUUCAAAUUCACCAAUACCAGUACAGGCACCCAGUCAUAUUGUGUCAUUAUUCAGUGGUUCCAGACAAGUAGUAUAUGGGUUUGUACCGCACUGCACACAGGCAACACUGAAAGCUGAAAUAGAUGACCACUUUGUGUCAACAAUGGUCUCUACUGCAGAUCUCAAUAUCACUGAGGGCAAGAUUCUUCACCAGUUGACUGCACGUGCCAUCAUUAGAGACUGGGAAGAUGGGACAUUGGACAUAGAUCGGACUGAGCAUGAGGUGAAGAAAACUGAACAGAAAGAUUACAUUAUCAACAUUAGUAAAGAGUUCUCUAUUGUCACACAGUUUACAAGUUUUGUGGCCAUUGAAAAGAGAGAAAAGGAGGAAGAUCUCAGCCCACAAGGUCCCAGCAUUGAAGAAUUGGUUGCUAAGGAGGAUGUUGACAUCCUUAUGUAUGUAGGAUGGGAAGAAGGGAAGAAAGAUAAAGAAAUUAAGCUGAGUGGAGAAGAACAGAUAAAACAGUUAUUGGAUGGUGCAAAAAAAGAUGAAACUCUGUCUAACAUUCUGAAAGCUGAGAGGAGUUACCAGCAAGCAUACGAAGUAGCAACUAAAGAGUUAUCUGCAUCUCAUCCACUGAGAAUCUUGUGUGACGUACUGAUAGUGGGUCUCACAGUGGACUUGGUGUGCUUGGAGUGUGACAUACUGGUAGUUGGUCUCACAGUGGACUUGGUGUGCUUGGAGUGUGACGUACUGGUAGUGGGUCUCACAAUGGACUUGGUGUGCUUGGAGUGUAAGCUGGCACUACCUAAAACACCUCUAAAUGCAGACAGGAAAUAG